AUGGCAGCUGCAGCUUUAUACGAUCGGGAAUCUCUCAGGUGUUCUGUCUGUCUGGAUGUCUUCAGAAACCCAGUCAUUAUUCCCUGUGGACACAUUUUCUGUAAGGACUGCAUUACAGGUUUGUGGGAUAAAGAUGUGCGCAGAUGUCCUCAGUGCAAACAAACCUUUCCCAACAAACCUGUUGUCACUGACUGGCUGCAGAUGAAGGAGCUUUCUGAGAAACUGAUGAAGAUGAGACCAAAGGAGGAGGAUGAUGAAGAUGCUGAAGAACAUGGAGUCAGCUGUGAUUCCUGCACCUCCAGAAGAACCAAAGCUGUGCAAUCCUGCCUCACCUGUGUCUCCUCAUUCUGCAGAAGUCACCUGGAGAAGCACAAUGAUCUCCACGGAUGGAAGAAACACCUGCUGACCGAAGCCACGGAUCUUCAGAGCAAAACCUGCUCUCUUCAUGAGAAACUGAUGGAUGUCUUCUGUCGCACUGAUCAGAAGUGUGUCUGUCUGCUGUGUGCUAUACAUGAACACAAGAACCACGACAGCGUCUCAGCUUCUGAGGAAAGAGCAGACAGACAGAUGAAGUUAAUGGAAACUCGUGAGAAGUUUCUGCAGAACGUCCGAGACAGAGAGAAGGAUUUCAAAGAGCUAAAGCAGGCAGAGGAGUCCGUCACAUGUUCAGCGCAGACGGCUGUCUCUGAAAGCGAGCGGAUCUUCAGUGAAGUGCUGUGCUCCGUUCAGAAAACAAGCGUGCGCGUGAAAGAGCUGAUCGCAGAGCGACAGAGAGAUGAACUAAGUCGCAUUGAAGGACUUCAGGAGAAAGUCCAGCAGAAGAUCUCUGACCUCAGGAUGAAGGUGUCUGAGCUCGAUCAGUUCCUGACCACUGAAGACCACAUUCACUUUCUGCAGAAUUAUCCAACUGACUGUGAAGAAUCCAUGUGUGAAGAAUUUGAAGAUCUUUACAACAUUUCUGAAAAUCCAAAAGCAUUUUUUUGCAAUGUGGAGCUGCUGCUUUCUGAAAUGCAAGAGCGUUUGAUGCACGUCACCAAAGAGACGGAGAUCAAGAUCAAAUCUGGAGAAGCAAAAGUCCAGAUAAAGUCCUCUCAAGGUUCUGCUCAGCAGGACCAGAAGGAUGUUUUCCGUUUUGGGGAAUCAGUGGCAGAAUUUACCUUCAGUUUUCAGCACGUUCCCCUUAAAUCCACAUCUGUGGAGGCUUCUGGCUCAGAUCAUGAAGAAAAAACAUGUAACCAUGAAGACGAAGAGGACUAUGAGCCGGUCAUACCGUUACCUGAUCUAGUUGAGAUCUCGACUGGAGAGGACAAUGAGCAAGUAGUUUAUAGUCACAAAGCCAAACUAUACCGCUAUGACAAAGAAUCACAGCAGUGGAAGGAAAGAGGCAUAGGUGAGCUUAAAAUACUUCAGAACGAUGAAAGCAGACGUGCAAGACUCGUGAUGAGGAGAGAGCAGGUCCUGAAGUUAUGUGCAAACCACUGGAUUACUCCAAACAUGAAGCUGGAGCCGAUGAAAGCGUCCGAGAAAGCGUGGACAUGGAGCGCUCUUGAUUUUGCCGAUGGAGACGGCAGCGUUCAGACGUUAGCAGCGCGGUUUAAACUGCAGGAGACGGCAGACGCUUUCAAGAAAUGCUUUGAAGAAGCAGUGGCCACUUCAUUCACUGGAGCAGAAAGAGAAGAGAAGAGCACUCCAGAGCAGAGUGAUGCUGAUGCUGAGAUCGUGUUUGAGCGAAAGCCCACAGUAGAACAAGCCAAACUGGCAGCCAGACUGAUGCUUCCUCACACGUUCUUCUGUUACAGAAACGAGCCGGGAUACGCAAGUGAUGAGGAUGAUGAUGAUGAAGAUUUUGAAGUGGCUGUCAGAUCUCUGAAAGGAAAGUUGUAUCCUGAUGCAGUCGAUGGUCAUGAUGCUGGAGCUGCAACAGAGACACAAAAUCACGAAGAGGAAGAGAGCAAUGAUGAUGAUGAUGAUGAUGAAGAGGUGGAACUUCCAUCGGUUGAGGAGAAUGAAGAGGAGAUUUUGUUCAACGAAUGGACCAAACUUUUCCUCUGGGACUGUGAUAUUAACAAGUGGAAAUCCUGUGGUGCAGGAGACAUUAAGAUGCUUUUCCAUCCCGUGAAGAAGCGCUACCGUGUGUUCAUGUGUCAAGAGGGGGAUAAAAAGGUGCUUGUCAACCACUGCAUUACCAGAACCACUCACCCUAAACCUAUGAGCAAUGCAAACGCACUGUCCUGGACAGCAGAAGACUACUCAGAUGGAGAUGCUGUAGUUCAGCAGUUUGCUGCCAAGUUUAAGACUCCGGAUCUGGCAGAUUCCUUCUCAAAAACCUUAACAGACUGUCAGUGUCGCAUGUCAGAGUUCAUGCAGCGAUCUGAAAAGUAA